GCGACUUCCUCCUCUCCGUUAGCCAUGAUCAAGGUCAAGUGGGACUCCAACCAUCGCCCUGCAAACGGCCCCAGCAAUGCGCCGACAGCUUCAGGCGAGCGACCGACGCUCACUGCGCUCAUGGACGGCAUCGUCAUCAACAGCAGCAGCGUCAGUAGCAACGCGGGUACAACACGACGUCCGCCAAUGCCGAAAUGGGACAUGGGCACCAUCUCGGAAGACACGAUGCCCGCAGCGUUCACUGCAGCGUCUGCGGGCUGGUCUAACGACCGGUUCGAGCUCACGGAGAGCGGAGAAGUGCGCAAUAAAGCCACCAGACAACGCAUCUCCAAGCAGGAAAUCCGCGAACACGGCGAAGAAGUUCUUCGCGGUCUGAUUGACAAUGUACACACGAGAAUGUUACAGGAGCUUUUGUUCCUGGAACAAGCCAUCCCUCCACUCGAGUUUGAGCGAAGUUCGGUCGAGUCUGGCUUCGAUCCUGGAGCCAGUACAGCAGGCAGCAAUGCCAGUGUCAGCAGCUCGGUACGCUCCAGUUCGUCCAGUAUCUGCUCCACCAAUGACGGAUUCCGUAUGAUGAUGGACACGGAUGAACCGAGAUGCAUUUUCCACACGAGUAAAAACUUCAGUGUGGCCGAGAAACUCUUAGUCUUUGUAUGCUCCUUCCGAGGUCUCAGUUGUGGCAUUUGGAGUCGCAGUGUGCUACUUAAAGACGGCGUCAAAGUCGGCUCCAUGCUGCCCUAUUUCCAGAAAGCCAUCGCUGCAGGAUACGGGAUUCUAGUCAUGAAUCCCAACAUGAACACGCAACUUAUGGUAACACAAGACGGAACCGUGGAGAAGAUGCCCAUCCGAGGCUCCAGUAACGCCGAGGACCAUUGCGACCACGUGUGGCGUAACUAUAUCUUCCCUUCAGCCGCUCACAAGGUGCACUUCAUCGCCUAUGGGUACGGUGGCGUCCUGGUGACCCAGUUGAUUGCCAAAUACCGGUACGAUCUCAAAAGCCGACUAGGAAAUGUGGCUUUUAUUGAGAGCUCGCACAAGAUCGACCCGUCGUGGAACUCUGGCUUCAAGCGCUUCUUCUCCCAGCACAGUAUCUCGUGGUCCCGAUCGGAUUUUCCGUUAAACACAGAGCUUAGUCGAGAUGCCACUACGUUCGCCACAAGUGGGGGUCCGAGUGGCACCGGCACCACGACUACAAGUAGUGAUGACGUAUUCACGGCGACCUCACCGUCAUCCAGAUCUCCUAAGAGUCCCAGUGCAGCUCAACUCACGGGUUUUGGCUGCAUCUGCUUGUCUGCUGGGCCGUGUGAAGGAGCCAAUGAGAGUCCAGCGUACACUACGCAACAAGUUCUCGACACUGUGUUUGCGUUUCUAGCGUCUCCUACGCCGUACGAGUUCCAGCGUCGAGCAGCCCGUGAACUUCGCUUAAAUACGCUUUUAGAUGAACAGCAACAAGCUCGACCAAAGCCUCCUAUUGGACAAAAUGGAGACCUUGGACGACCUCCAAGAGACCAGCCACGUACACGCAAGCAGUCAGUGUAUGAAACAGUACUCGGUGGCGCCGCUGGGAACGCUCGGGAGCUGAAACCUCGCGAGUACGACUCGUUAACUAUCGACGAUUUCGACCUCUUACGUGUCGUCGGUCGAGGCGCGUUUGGCAAGGUCAUGCUAGUGCGACGGAAGGUGCCUCAACAACAGAAAGGGGCGCGGUUAUUAAGUCCUCGUACGAUGAUGGCCAUGGGCAUGACGCCGCAACAAAUAGCAGGUGCGACAGGGGGAGAAAGCGGCAAAGUAUACGCCAUGAAGGUCAUCAAGAAAGCUGCCGUGUUCGCAAAAAAUCAGGUGGAACACACCAAAACGGAGCGUCGGAUCCUACAAGGUGUGGACCACCCAUUUAUGGUCAAACUGCGGUACGCGUUCCAGAACGACGCCAAGUUGUAUUUCGUCAUGGACUUUUACAACGGCGGCACGUUGCACUUCCAUUUGCGUCGUGCUAUGCACUUUGACGAAGUGCGGACUCGUUUCUACGCCGCUCAAUUGGUGUUGGCGAUCUCGCAUCUUCACACGUACAACAUCGUGUACCGUGAUCUGAAACCCGAGAACAUUUUGCUAGACGACCAAGGAUUCAUCGCGUUGACGGACUUUGGGUUGUCUCACGACCAUUUUGACAGUAAAGACGGCAUGCAGACGUUCUGUGGCACACCCGAGUAUAUCGCUCCAGAGCUCAUUCGACGUGUACCGUACGGGAAAGCCGUGGAUUACUGGUCCAUGGGUGUGCUCAUCUUCGAAAUGUUGGCUGGCUACACGCCGUUCUACCACGCGAACCGGAAACGGAAUUUCCAGAACAUCGUCAAGCUCCCGUUACGGUUCCCGUCCGAGUUUUCGGAUGAUGCCAGAUCACUUUUGAGAGGGUUGAUAUGUCGGAACCCGGCGAAACGUCUGGGGUCCGGACCCUGUGGAGCGCAGGAGAUCAUGGAUCACCCUUUCUUCGCGCAAGUGGAUUGGGAGAAACUGUACAAGCGGGACGUCCCGGUGCCGUUCAAACCGGUGGUCAAGUCCGACGGGGAAGUGAACAACGUGCCGGAAUUUUUCAAACGACAGGAAGUCAUCGACUCGGUGGUGUCGGAUGUCCCGAUUGGGAAAAGUCACGUGUUCCAGGGCUUCUCAUACACAGACCCAUACAAUCUGUAA